AUGGCGCAGACUCAGUUUGCAGUGGUAGACGUCUUUUCAAAGACGCCCUACAAGGGCAACCCUCUAGCCGUCGUCAACGACUUGAAGGGAGAGCUCAGCGAUACUGAGAUGAAGUUGAUCACGCGCCAGUUCAACCUCUCGGAAACCACCUUUUUUCUACGCCCAUCUCUCCCAGGAGCCCACUACAAGCUCCGUUCGUUUCUCCCAGAUGGAAGAGAAGUCUUUGGAGUUGGUCAUAAUAUCCUGGGAGCUUGGUGGUAUCUUGCACAUGCUGGACUAUUGGACCUUUCGAACUCUGGGAUCAGCAAGGGAGAAGGCGUCGAGGAGUUUACCUUUUACCAAGAACUGGGAGGAUCUGUGACGCCGGUCAAGAUUCUCAAGAGUCAGUUGUCUUCAGAUGAGCUGGCCGAGUUCUCUGUUUCCAUUACGCAGGCGACGCCAAAGGCUCAUGGACGACACCCAAGCCCGUCCCAGCUUGCUGAAACUAUCGGCCUGAGAUCUGAAGAUAUUGGACUGACGUCCAAACAAGACUUCAUCCCCCGGGUGAUGUCAACAUCGACAACUCAUCAUCUCCUCGUUCCUGUCGCGUCCACUGCAGCUCUCGAGCGUGCAUCAGUGCAGAGAGAAAAGCUCCUCGAGCAGCUCCAACUCGCAGACGAACGCGCUUAUGGGCUGUAUCUAUUUGCAAAGGAUGACCGCGAGGGUGUAUCCGCAAACACUUAUCAAGCGAGAUUCUUCAGCCCCGGCAUGUCAACUGAGGAUCCAGCCACUGGAAGUGCUGCAGGACCUUUGUCAGAGUUUCUGCAUGAUGAGGGUCUUCUUGAUUUGGUUGAUAACAAAGCGAGCAUUGAAGUCUGGCAGGGUCUUCAAGUUGGGAGGGAGUGCCUCAUCAAGGUGAAUCUGGCUGUUGAUGGGAAUACGCCGGUUGUGGAUGUUUCUGGCAGUGGUGUAUUGUUCUCGGAGGGCAGAUUGGCUGCCCAGGGAAGUCAGGCUGGUUUGUGA